UGGGCUGCGGCUGUGGCGUGCUCGCCCUAGUUUAAGGCGUGGGCUGGGCUGGGGAGCGGCGGAGUCCGCCAGUCAGAUUCAGGAAGUGGAGUUCCUGACCUCAGGAGCAGGACUGGGUGCCGCGAAGCCUCAGCCGGGAACACAGGGGGUGCUUUCCUCCACACACCGCCCGGGUGGCACCCACUGAUCCGCAGCGCCACCUCCCUCCCAGGACCUGGCAGCGGCGGGGAGGAGUUGGCGGAGGGACUGAGACUCGCCCUGGUGCCCAAGUCACUCCAGACAGCACCCAGCAGACCCACAUGCAGGAAGCCCUCCAGCGGACCCAAAGGUGCUCCUGGUGGCAUGCCCAAACCCGAAGCCAAAAGAGGAAUCAAUUACAAGUGGCCAGCACUGUGUUCUGUGGAGUCAGGGGCUUGUUAGGUAGUUGGGAUCCUCUGGCCCAGCACUAGCCCAGCACCAUGGAGAGAAACAGUUCCCUCUUCAACUCUAUCUGGGAAACCAUCCGGACCAGACAUGAGAGGGGCGUCUUCAACACUGUCUGCCUGGCUGUCCUCCUGGGGCUGCCCUUAGUGGUGGUUCUUACACUCCUCUUCAUCUGCUGCCAUUGCUGCUGCAGCCGGCCACCCAAGAGCGGCCAACAGCCAGACCCAAACAAGAAGAAGAAAAAGAAGAAGAAAAAGAAAAAGGAUGAAGACCUCUGGAUCUCUGCUCAGCCCAAGCUCCUCCAGAUGGAGAAGCGGCCAUCACUGCCUAUCUAGUGAUGGGAAGCUGAGUGUCCUCCUCUUUGCACCCAGCCUCCUUCCAACCACAGAGACUCGGGAGGAGCCUUAACAGUGAUGCACUCAUGCCUACAGAUUACUUCAACCAAGGAACAAAUGUCAGACUGAGCACCCCAUUGGAUGGGAGCGUAUGGACAAUUCUUACACUGUCUUGGCAGCUACGUGUCCAAUAACAGUGUUCUGUGUUGUAGUCCCAAGCAUGUAUUACACUGUCUCUGAUAUACUCCAUCACAAAAGCACAGAAAACAUGUAUGUAUACAUGCACUUUAGAUGGAGUCCGAGUAUAUGCACAUGGCCAUUGUAUGUAUGUAUAUUUGGACAACAGGUACAUGGAACAGUAUAUUCUGUUUGUCAUGUGGCCAUUUAAUAUGUACUUUGCGCAAAUGUAUAUACUUGCAGAAAUGUCUUUUGGGAAGAUAUGUUCAGAUUUAGGCACAUAUGCACAAUUAAAUAGCCAUACACGGCUCUAUGCACUGUCUAUAUGCCAUGCAGGUUGGAAAUGGGUGCUUUCCUCUUCCUAUACCUACAUAGUAUUCUACCGGGAAUACAUUUGGACAUUCCAGGAGCCUGAUACAGACAUAUAUAGUGGCUCCUAUAUGCUUCUGAACUUCUACCUAUACUGAAAAGUUUAAAGUAUGGUUCCAAAUUCAUUCAAAGCUCUUUGCUUGCAACUCACGACAAGGUCCUCAUUACCACUGGCAGGUGUUUAAUGUGGUCCAAGACCUCUUGGGGACAUUGCCCCAUAACUACUCAGCAAGGUGCCCUCUUCUAAGCAGCGAUGAACAGCUCUUGGCAGUGACUACUAGAAAGGUAUGGAAACUUGUGUGAUCUCUUCCAUGGGCUGCAGUUACGUGCCCAUGCAAAAUAGACACAGACAGAAAAGGUAAGGAGAUGCCCCACAUAAGCUAGCUAUGUUCUAUGUGGAUGAAGGUUUUUCUGAAAGGAAAGAUGUAAGGUUAUCACACGUCCAGUCUCAAAGGCAGCACACACCCAGGAAGCAAUUCCCCUGUGCUUGUAGCAGUGCAUGGUGUGUUGGAGGUGGGAUAUAGAAGCCAUGGUUUAAAUGAACGAUUAAACUGUAAAGUUGUUCAUUGUUAUUUAUGUUGAUGCUCAGGCAAGUAUCUUGUACACAGUAGGUACUCAUAACAAUGGAUGAUGUACAAUGAUGUUAGGAAUAAACUUGUAAUACCUCAUGGUUCCCCCACAAGUGACUAGUUCUUUUAAGAUACCCCCACUAACUGCUACAAAAGAUGAAGCUAGGUAUGGAGACCAGGGUUGUAUUGACAUAUGUGCCCUGUGGUACCUGAGGACAUGCCCAUAAGAUCUGUUCUGAGUAGGGGAGAGCCAUUCCUCUCCAGGCUACAGCUAAGAGAAUGAACUGCUUGGUGUUUUGAUUAUACUGUCGCCAUGUUAUAAAGGCAGAGAAUUCCCGACUUGGAAGUGGAUCGUACUCCACUUACACAUCUACUGGGGAGCUAUUUCAAUAUUUCCCCCCAUGGAGACCAUUCUAGAAAGUGGCAAAUCACUGUCUAAUUAAUGGCAUAGCCAAAUUAUGACAUUACAGUAGCAAGAACAAUCCCUGAAUAUGAUGAGACUGAAUGGAAGCUGAGAUAGGCUUGCUCACUUGGGCUACCUGGUGCUCAUGAUUCUACUCCACGCCAUCAGAGGGGGGCUCUCUAGGGGUGACUCUCACACCUGGGUCUUCUAACAGACAGAGUAGUCAUAUUCACUCUGUCAUCCUCCAAAACCCCCAAUGUCACUAGGCAAACGGCCUUCCAUCCAUAGGCCUCUGACCAGAGCAGCACUUCCUGAAUCUUUGCCCCUUUGUCACACGGGGAGCUUGCUGUGGUGCCCCUGACUAGUCUUCACAUGUCACAGGAUGGCCAGGCUUCUCCCCAUUCCACAUGCCCCUCUCUGCCAAUUGCUACCCACCAGAUGCCCUUCCCACCUCUUGCUCUCGGUCACCCUAAGACAAAAGACUUGGGGUAGAGGUGGAGCCAGACAGCAGAGAUGAGAUGUCAGAUAACAGUCUGCAAGAAUGGAUCACUAGGAUCAGGGACCACACCAAUAACAUGGUUUCCGUGACAACUGGCUGCCAGUUUGAAUUAAGACAGCAGUCAGUUGUCGCUGACACCAUAACAAGGCCUCUGUCUCCAGGCACAGUGUAUCUACCGUGUUCUAAGUGAAUGGACGUGAGCCAGUUCCUGUCACGAAACACCCAGAGAGUCAAUUCUCAGCUGCUUCCAUUCCCUGGAACCCAGGAGUCCCAAGCCUGAUUGGAUCACUGCUUCCUGACCCCUUCCCAUCAUAACAUCUCUGACAGCCUUUCUAGAACACCUAGGAUAGGGCAGAGCCUGGGGUGUGAUAGGCCCUCACGUGGAUGCUGGGGAGCAGCAGUCCAAAGCAAACCCUGGUGUCCUGUAUCCCUGCUUCAGGCUUUUCGGUUCUUCUCUUACUGCUUCCUCUCCCUGCAUCAUGCCAGCUCGCUCACUCCAUGACGCUCCCCUUUCUCCCCCUCACAGUCUAUCCCAGAGCUGCCGCAGAUACAGCCAAGGGGUGGGGGCAGGGUGCUCAGGGUAAAUUAAUGGAGAACAUAAAAGACUUCAGGGGGGC